ACUUACGUAGUACAAAGGAAAGGUAAGGAGGAGGAGCAGUACAAUGUCACGAAAUUCUUCUGAUUAUAUUUGUCUGAGAACAUCUGCUCCUCUGCUCUACCCUUUGCGUUAAGGCUGAGACUGAUCACCGUCAGAAACUCUGACAACUCCACUUUUAACCUUCACACAAUUCUCUCUCUCUCUCUCUAAACCUGCGAGUUUCUCACACUAAAAGGCUGUCAAGAAUCGAGAGAGAUGCAUGCGAGUAAUGGGGUGUGACUGAAUUCAUGAUGGGGUGGCGUGCAGUUCAGUUGUGUUGUGUUGUUCAUUCAUUGCCUCUUUCUCUCCUUCAAAACUCUCUUUUUUCUCUCUGUUCUUUUUUGCUCUGCAACCUGUAGCCACUGCCAAUCUUUUUCCUUGAAGAAAUAAACAAAUUCAAGAAAAUGCAGAAGACCCAUUCAAACUCUGGUAUUGAAAAGGAUGGGUCGCCUAGUUUGAAGCUGGUUCUGGGCUAUGAAGGGUCAGGCCAUGUGAAGAUAGAGCAAAAAGACAGAGAAGAAGAAGAGGAAAGCAAGUGUGUGUGUGGGUUUACAGAAGCUCAAUGGAAUGAAUUGUAUCUCCAAGCUGUGAUUUUCAAGUACAUUCAAUGUGGUCUCCCUGUUCCCUUUCACCUUGUUCUUCCCAUCUGGAGGACUGUUUCCACCUCCUUUGAUACCACUGUGUUCUUUAGACAACAAUUCUCAGGCUUUAGAGACCUGAAUGCUUGGGGAUUUGGUGAUAUGAACAUGAUGGAUCCUGAACCGGGGAGGUGUAGAAGAACUGAUGGGAAGAAAUGGAGAUGCAGCAAGAGCGUUGUUCCACACGAGAAAUAUUGCGAGCGCCACAUGCAUAGAGGCAGCAAUCGUUCAAGAAAGCUUGUGGAAGCAUCUCAAACCGAAUCCAAAUCUCGAAUUAAUCCUGCUAGUAAAUAUGACAGGCCUUUAAAUCUUGAGCCUAAGCCUAAGUUUCUCUCAGCAGCUAAAGCUUCCAUUGGAUCGCCAUCCAACGGGGUUAAUGGACACAUUGAUAGCCCUUUCUCUACCCUGGAAGCUAACCGUUUUUGUACUAACAAUGGUAAACAUAACAGCUUGAGUGUCCAUGGAGUCGACCCAAACUUAGUGAGAACCAUUGCUCCUUCCGACUCCCAUAACUUCAGAGGCAGAAGUGACAACGUUGUUGGGAAAUAUGCCAUGUUCAAUGGUGUCGAUACUGCCAAAGAAACCAACCAAAUGAGCGAAAAGAGAAACACUAGCCAAUCUUAUGUUUUUGUUCCGGGACUUGGUAUGUUUCCUAAGAGUGGUCAUGAACAUGGUACAGAUAAAGCAGGGUCUUCUAGCUCGGGUAUUCCUCAAAACAGAUUGGCAGAAACUGAACCGCUGAGAUGCUUCAGAUCGGAUGGUAAGAAAUGGCGAUGCAAAAGGGCUUCAGUUCCCGGGCACAAGUACUGUGGGAUGCACCUGCACAGGGGGUCGAGGAAGAUCACCACACCGUCAAAUCCAGUUACCGUUGCACUACCUCCACCCUCCUCCACGGCCAGAAUCUGCCCUCCACUCGCCAUCCCGACUAGAUACAUUGAUGAUGGCACGAGUUUGAACACUAAUCUCUCCAUUGCACCGGCUUCUCAUCAACUAGUCAACUGCGAUUCUACUCAUACCAGCAGCAGCGAUUCGACCACCAUCACCGAUGAAACGCCAACUUUUGUCAUGCAUUGAUUCCAUCUAAAGUGUCCUGUCAUAAUUUUCUGGGGUUGUAAAACAAUCAACAGCUUGUGUUCUAGAGAAGUUUGCUGUUAUUUUAAGAACUAAAGAAUAUGGUUUAUGUACUUGCUGUGUUUGUAUAGUGAAGUGCAGCUCUUAGAAGCA